AUGGCGUCUGUGGAGGAGUUGGAGGAGGAGGAUGAUGAGUUGGAGGACUUGGAGCCUUUCUUCUACGACAGGGAGACCUGGGAUGCCUGGGCGGAGGAGGAGAUGGAGAGGCGUCGGCGGGAGGAAGAAGAGACGGCGCGGAAGACGGAGGAGAACCGGCGGAGACGAGAGGCACACGAUGCGGUCAUGGACUCCAUCCUCGAGUACGAUCCCAAGGUCGGGCGCAAGGUCUACACCCGCUUCUUUCUCAGAGACUUCUCCGCCUUCGACAUCGACCAGGAGUCAUCUGUCCCUGCAAUGCGAUACACCGAUAGUAUCUACCAAGAUGAAUUUGGGCUAGAAGACUCUGCAAACGUCCUCUCCGUCAGCAUAGUCUCCUCAGAUGUAGGCUUCCCACUCAAUGUCUAUGGCUGCGUCAUUGCCAGAGACAGCAUUGACUACAAGUGCAUUUAUCUCUUUCACCGCAGUAGAGAUGAUUGCCAGCGUCUCAACGAGGAUGGAAUGCUGACUUUAACUGGCCCAAGUCGAGGUCUAGUGUUGGUUGAUUUCAUCUAUCUAGAGAUGGAUCUUAAAAUCAGGGAAGAUGGAGUGUUUCCAGACAGGGCAUUCAGCAAGGGUCUGAUAAGCAUUGAUGGCCGAGUAUUGUCUAGAGAGGAAGAUGUGGUGGUUAGAAGUGAAACCCUUGAGAGCUGGCUCAGCACCACGGAAGUGAGAUUCGCAACUGUUCUGAAUGCAGUCGAGUGCACCAUUGAAAUCAAGCUUCUUGAGGGCUGUUUCAGUGGAAAUAUAGUAGUUGGCAUCUCAGAUAAAGGUCGCAAUCUGGACACUGAACAAACAAUUGUGAUUCAUAAUAGCAAGACAGAUGGCAUGGUGACAAGUGAUCAAAGUGGAGCUAUCAAACUUCGGCGAAGUGUCAUUACUAUCUGUUUAGAAAGAAUGUUGGUGUUUCACAUGAAUAAUAAUAUGGCUGCUGGUAUUUGUGCUGAACGAACCUUUGAUUUAACUCCACGCCGCACUGGUGCCAAAGAAAUGGAUAUCAUGUGUGGUGCUGGGAAGUUCGGAUUCAGGGUCGUCUGGUCCUUGAUGGACUUUAGGCUGUAA